AUGUCUCAUUGCGAGGAGAAAGAAAUCAAUCUCAACCAGCACGUGGAGCAUGUCUCUGCCCUGGCAUCUGUCAAGUCCAGCGAGAAUGACAUCGACUUUGAUGGUAAUCAUGCAGCCGCUGCUGAUUUUGCUGAGGCUCAGCAAAUCGCAGCCCAAUGGGUGGAUGGCACGCCAGAGGAGAAGAGACUUGUUCGCAAGCUUGACUGGCGAAUUCUCCCGUGUACUUGGGUGCUGUACCUCCUUGGUUAUCUUGACCGAGCCAACAUUAGCAAUGCCAAAACUGGUGGUUUAGACAAAGACUUUGGUCUCACCUCCUCUCAAUACUCCAUUAUCGUAAUCGUGUUCUUUGUGUCAUAUCUCAUUUUUGAGGUUCCGGCCAAUAUGAUCCUGACUCGUGUCCGGCCCAGUGUGUUUCUACCUGGAUUGGGUAUCAUUUGGGGCAUAUUCGCCGCCGUCAUGGGAGCGACGCAGAACUGGGGGCAACUAGCCGGCAUGCGAUUCCUACUCGGUUUUGCUGAGGCCGGUUUCGCCCCCGGGUGUGCUUUCUUCCUUUCAUCUUGGUAUCGGCGAUAUGAACUGGCAACACGAUAUGCUGUGCUGUACACCUCAGUUCCAAUUGCUGGAGCGGUGUCUGGCCUCCUCGCAGGUUUAAUUACUGAUCGUAUGGAUGGAGUCAGUGGUCUUCCGGGCUGGAGAUGGCUUUUUAUUCUCGAGGGGAUUGCGUCAAUCAGCGCAUCCAUCACCAUCUACUUUCUCAUGCCCGACUAUCCCUCGAACAGCAGGCGUUUCCUGACCGAAGAGGAUAGUAUCCUUGCUUGCAACAGAUUAUCAAUUGACGGUAUCGAGCUGACCCAAGGUAGCGGAGCCCAGGCUAUUCCCCACUGGGUCGCGUUCAAGAUGACGUGCAGCGACUGGAGAGUGUGGGCUCAAUGUUUCCUCUUCGUGCUUGUGACUGGAUCCCAAACGAUGCAGUACUUUAUUCCUACGCUCGUGCAAAGUUUUGGAUGGGAUGGGCCUUCCGGUCAAUAUCAUACUAUUCCUGCCUAUAUGGCCGCUCUGGUCUGCGUCGUUGCAUGCUGCUGGCUGGCGGACAGGUACAAGAGCAAGUGGCAGUUUAUCUGCGGUUUGUCAGGGGUCGGCUGCGUCCUCUUCAUAGCCGUGACUACCGUUCAAGACAAGAUGGCCCAGUACGUACUCACCAUCUUCGCCUUCGGUACAAUCUACGGCUGCUCUCCGCUAGUCAAGACAUGGGUCGCAGAUGUCAUUCCCCAUCCUGCGGCCAAGCGAUCCAUUGCUAUUGCUCUGAUAAACGCGAUUGGUAAUGCUUCAUCCAUCUACUCAUCCUGGUUAUGGCCGAGCAAGGAUGCCCCUCGUUACAUUCCAGGUUUUGCGACUACCACCAGCUGGCUUGGUGUCCUCUGUAUCUGCACAGUGGUGUUUGCAUACUUCUUCAAGAAAUACCCGGUUCAGAGAAUCGAUCACGCAAGGGCGAUGGCUGGUGAGUUGAGAGCCCGCCGGGUAGCACACGAGGUGGGCUUGAAGGCCUAA